UAGGGGAGUAUGUAGUUGACAUAAACACUUCGCCACUGCAGAAUUAUGAACAUGGGCGAACAUAAUUUAAUAUUUAUCUUAGUGCAUUAUCUUUUUUUACACUACGCUUAAUAUGAAGAUACGUCUCUUAUUUGUUUUAAGUGUCUUCCCAUUAUAUAGUUCUGAAUGUUGUGUAAAAAGAAUGACUAGACAAAACACAAAGUCAAUACAGAAUUGACGACAUUGAGUAACAUAUUAUUGUUUUAUUAGAAGAAUUCUAAGAAAAUAAAACAUCUGCUUCAAUGUAACCUUCAGAAUACUCGUAAUGUUGACAACACUGGGGUUAUUAAUAUUUACAAUUUGUAUGCAAGGUGUGCGAAUUUGCGUGCUCCAUUAACUCGGUCAUUGUAAAGGUUUAGCUGGCUUCGUUUUAAUGCAAGGGUCUAACUGUGAUUUAGAAGGCCCAGUAACCCGAAUUAGUUGAUGAAUUUUCUAUUGAUCCAAAACAAGCCUAGAUUUAUCUCUGACAAGGUUUGGCCCCACGCUUAAGAGCGUUUUUUCCAGUUCUAUUAGUAACUACAUUCAAAGUCUGAAGGAGAUUGCACCGUCUUGCAUUUAUUUUCACGAAUGCUAGCCGAAAUAUGUCCCAAGUUAAAAUGUGACUGAUAGCCGAAAGCAACAUUGCCUGCCCUUGAUUAGUUUAAAAAAUGAAGGUAAACGGGAGGCCGUCCUCGCCGGAGCGGACUUCCUAUUGUUGAACCAAGGAUGCCUUUCACUUGGCAUUUUUAUUCAUGUAACUGGUGCGAUUCACUCUGUUUAUAAUGCGCAUGCCGGUGGAUGAAAUGUAUGCAGAUAACAUUAGAGAAACUCAAACUAUGCACAGAUGAUGUUUCAGAUCUGCUAAAUCUAAUCCCAUUUCCUUAUCCGGGAAUCGCUGGGAACCACGCCAUUGGUUCAUGGUGUCACAUGGAUUUUUAACUUUGUUCACUUGACAGAAAGUAGGAGGGUUUUAUCAAACAGGAAAACGAGUAAAGGGAUAGAAAUAAAUUUUCUUGUGUUUUGUGUGCAAUUCAAAGAAAUUAAUGGCCAUGAGUUCCUUUUUGAUAAACUCCAACUAUGUGGAUCCGAAGUUUCCACCCUGCGAAGAAUAUUCGCAGAAUGAUUACCUGCCCAGCCAUUCGCCAGACUAUUACGGCGCCCAGAGACGAGAGGCUGCCUUCCAGCAUGAGGCGAUGUACCAUCAGCGGUCGGGCUGUACCGAACCUCCGUACUCAUCGUGCCAUGGUUCCGGGGAACCUACAGCGGUUAUGUCUCCGAGAGGUCACGUCUUACCCCCGCCUGGACUCCCUACUCCGCUCCCUGAGCAAAACCACCAUUGCGAUUCUGUAACACCGAGCCCUCCAUCCGUGUGUGUCCAGAACUCCGUCAGACAAACCAAUUCUUCUUCCAGUUCAUGUAAAGAGCCAGUGGUUUACCCUUGGAUGAAGAAAGUCCAUGUAAACAUUGUGAACCCAAAUUACACAGGAGGGGAACCAAAGCGGUCACGGACAGCCUACACAAGACAGCAGGUUUUGGAGUUAGAAAAGGAGUUCCACUACAACCGCUAUUUGACCCGGAGACGUAGAGUGGAGAUUGCUCAUACCCUGUGCCUUUCCGAGCGUCAAAUCAAAAUAUGGUUUCAGAACAGACGGAUGAAAUGGAAAAAAGACCACAAGCUCCCUAACACCAAGAUCAGAUCAGCUGCCUCCUCAAGCACAAACUCAAACAGCAGCCAAGUGCUGGGGAACUCUCAGAACCGAUCCAGUGGACAACCAUCAAGUCUAUAGCUUUAUGCACACCUACCCAUGCACACUUUACACCUCACCGUAUGGCGCAUAUUCGUUGUUAUUUUUUCUGUUUUUUAUUCGUAUUUUUUUUAUAAUUAUUAUUAUUAUUAUUAUUAUUUUGUAAAUGAAGAGAAUAGCGCGAUGUGGAAAAUGAAGAAAACACUCGAAAUUGCCGUUAUUUAUGAAACGAUGAAGACUGAAAUAAAGCACAGAUGCUCCUUUUUGUGCCAUUCUAAUUCUUUGUUCCCAUUUCAUUCUAGCUCCCCCUCCAUUAAUGCCAAUGGUUGCAGAUAGCAGUUUUCAGAUUUUGUGAAGAUGGAUCCGUUGUUUCGUCUUUAAUCAUGCCAAACCCAGUCCCAUUUGUCAUGUUUACUCUGCAGUACAAAGGAUGACCGUGGGCCUGCAGUUACCUCGACAUCCAACAUUGUGCUUAAUAAAUGAUCAACGGUUUCUUCAAGAAGCGACGUUUUUAAAGUUGUUUUUUUUUGUACCUUAUUUAAUAUCUUGAAGACCCGGAUUUUUAGUGUCACUUACCAUAUAAUGCUAGGUGACUAAAACAUUAAUGAACAAGACGGAAAACGAUUGUGUAUGUCAUUAGUAGUUAGUUUUGAGAAAUAAAUGUUUAUCACUUUACCGGAUUUAUUAUGAACUAUUAAUCGAAUGAGGUAUAUUGUUCAAUCUGAAGUCUAAAAGCAAUGACAUUAUAAUAUUGAACAUAUAAAUACCUUAAGCAGAUAAGAACCAAAGGCCCCAAAGACCAUUUCAUUCUCGAAAAAGCACUAAAUGGUAGAUUUAAAAGAUUUUAAUUACUUUCAAUGUUAUUUUCUUGUUUAAUUUUGUCUUUAUGCGUUAACUACGUUGAGACCCUUUUCAUAUGAUUUGCCCUGCAAAUUUUCGACAUAAUGUUCAGUCAUUUCUUGUAAACCAAAUGUAAAGUAAAAACUAGAGAAGAGCAAAGGUGGGUAUAUGCAUGAUUAACGUUUCUUAAUUUCUUUUUUUGUUAAUUUGUUCUCUGCACACGAUUACACACUUGCUUCUUUCUAGUCAUUAUAGGUAAUUCAUUUCAUCUCUUCUUUGCAUUCCGGUCCUCCCUUGUUAUGACAGAAAUGUGAUCUUCCAUAUUUGUAUUUCGGUCGUUUCUUUCUCAUACUUCGUGUAUCUAUACCUUAAUAUUUGUAAAUAGUGAUAGAAUGAAUAAAACAAGACGAAAUGUUAUUAUCA